UGCCCGUGUCGCCCUAUGGCGGCCGGCGACGUGUGCCCGUGGGUUGGCGGCGUGGCGCACACGCGCGGAGCGGGGACCGGGAGCGGCGUUGCCGGCGGCAUCGCGGCCGCCGGCGGCGGGAGGAUGAGGCUGCGGAUCUACAAGCGGAAGGUGCUGCUGCUGGCGCUGGCGCUGCUGGGCUGCGCGCUGGUGCUGUGGGGCGGCGGGGGGACGGGCGGGCGGCGGAGGCGGCAGCGGCAGCAGCUGCAGCAGCUCCAGCCGCGGGGCGGCACCGGGGACCCGCCGCGGGUCAGCGAAGCGCCGCGCCGCCCCGACAACGCCUCGGCCGCGGCCUCCGGCGCCGCCCCGACCGCGGGCGCCGAGAACGGGACGCUGAGCCGCCGCUCGCUCGUGUACCGCCUCAACUUCGACCAGCCGCUGCGCAACGCGGGGCGCUUCCCGGCCCGGCCCGGCGGCCCCGACGUGGUGCUGGUGGUGCAGGUGCACGAUCGCGCCGAGCACCUGCGGCUGCUGCUCGAGUCGCUGCGGCGCGCGCCGGGCGUGGAGAACGCGCUGCUGGUGCUGAGCCACGACCUGUGGGACGACGAGCUGAACCGGCUGGCGGCCGACGUGGACUUCUGCCCCGUGCUGCAGGUCUUCUUCCCGUUCAGCGUCCAGCUCUACCCGCGCGAGUUCCCCGGCCACGACCCCCGCGACUGUCCCCGCGACGUGGGCAGAGCGGCGGCGCUGCGCCUGGGCUGCAUCAACGCCGAGUUCCCCGACUCGUUCGGCCACUACCGCGAGGCGCGGUUCUCGCAGACCAAGCACCACUGGUGGUGGAAGCUGCACUUCGUGUGGGAGCGCGUGCGGGCGCUGCGGGAGCACGACGGGCCCGUGGUGUUCCUGGAGGAGGACCAUUACCUGGCGCCCGACUUCUACCACGUGCUGAAGCGGCUGUGGGCGCUGCGGCAGCGCGACUGCCCCGACUGCCAGCUGCUCUCGCUGGGCUCCUACGCGUUGGGCCGAGGCGGCUUCGCCGGCCGCGCCGACAAGGCCGAGGUGAAGACGUGGAAGUCCACGGAGCACAACAUGGGCAUGGCCUUCGGCAGAGACACCUACCGGCAGCUCAUCGAGUGCACGGACGCCUUCUGCACCUACGACGACUACAACUGGGACUGGACGCUGCAGCACUUGACUGUCUCGUGUCUUCCAAAGUUCUGGAAGGUGCUGGUGCCCGAAAUCCCCCGCGUGUUCCACACGGGAGACUGCGGGAUGCACCACAAGAAGUCGUGCCGGCCGGGCUCACAGAGUGCCAAAAUCGACUCCCUGCUGAGCAGCAACCAGCAGUUCCUGUUCCCCGAGACCAUGAGCGUCAGCAAAAGGUUCUCCAUGGCGCCGCUGUCCCCUCACGUCAAGAACGGGGGCUGGGGGGACAUUCGGGACCAUGAACUCUGUAAGAGUUACCGCCGCCUCCAGUGAGGAGCACAGUGCAGCCUUCUCCUGUUUGAACUGCCCCGUCCCUUUUACAGACGCACACACACGUGUGUCGAGAGAAAAACAAACUAAAACCGAGCAUUUAUGAGUUGGUUUCUGCUUUAAUAUGAAUAAACGUUCAUGUCAAAGGUGUCCCAGAACGUUCAUCUGUCGUGUGCGGAGCUCAGCAGCCGGGCUGCAGGAGCAGCAUGGAUGGCUGCUGUGUGCUGUGCUCCGUGCUGUGCUCAGCUGCAGGAGGAUGAGGAGGAGGAAGCUCUGCUGGAAGCACACACUGCGGUGCUCACUGUUCACCUCGGCUCCUUGUUCUGCACCACGUCCCGUGUGCUGCAUUGCCUCCCUGCGACCCGCGGUGCCGGGCGGUCGGCCGCGUGUUGGUGAAUAUAUGAAGGAUAAAAGAAAUCAUUGUUUUUACUACGAUGUAGAUAAAUAUAUACAGGUUUUUUAGUUCCGCCAAAAUAAAAUUCAGUUGUUUUGUAA